UCAGGUUCUCUUUACUUACAUGCAAAGUAGCCUCAAAGAGGUGACAGAUAUGGUUUUGAUACCGUCUCAAGCUAUGGGCUUUUGGGGAACACUUCUGUUUCUGAUCUUCCUUGAACAAAGUUGGGGACAGGAACAAACCAGAUACAUCAUUUCAACCCCAAUUGUCUUCCGAGUUGGAGCUCCUGAAAAUGUUACAGUCCAAGCCCACGGCCAUACUGAGGCAUUUGACACAACUGUCUCUGUAAAAAGUUAUCCUGAUGAAAAUGUUCGUUACUCUUUCAGCACUGUUAAUUUAUCACCAGAAAAUAAAUUCCAAAACACUGCAAUCUUAACAAUUCAGGCCAAACAGUUAUCUGAAGGACAAAACUCAUUUUCAAAUUCGUAUUUAGAAGUCGUGUCAAAGCAUUUUGCAAAAUUAGAAAUCGUGCCAAUCAUCUAUGACAAUGACUCUCUCUUCGUUCAAACCGACAAGUCCGUGUAUACUCCACAACAGCCUGUAAAGGUUCGUGUCUACUCUGUGAAUGAUGACUUAGAGCCGGCCACCAGAGAAACAGUCUUAACUUUCAUAGAUCCUGAAGGGUCCCAAGUUGACACAAUAGAGGGAAAUAAUCUCACCGGGAUUGCCUCUUUUCCUGACUUCGAGAUUCCUUCUAAUCCCAAGCACGGUAGAUGGACAGUCAAGGCUAAGUAUAGAGAAGAUGCUUCAAAAACUGGAACUACAUACUUUGAAGUUAAAGAAUACGAUAAAACUUACAGAAUAUCUAUCAUGCCCACAAUUGAUCUGCAACCCGAGGUGGAAAAGCAAGAAGCACAUGGCAUGUGUCUUCAUCAGCCAACAGAGUGUCUGCGACAGAAGAUAAACGAGCAAGCUUCUACAUACAAACAUCCAAUGAUAAAAAAAUGCUGUUACGAUGGGGCCAGAUAUAACAUACAUGAGACCUGUGUGCAGCGAGCUGCCCGUGUGAAGAUAGGCCCGAUCUGUGUCAAAGCCUUCACUCUCUGCUGUAACAUGGCACACCAGAUCCUAGAAAACAGCACCUUUAAGCACAUCCAUCUGUCAAGUCACUGCUUCAAGAGCUUCAAGAUGAUUCUAGAAAACAAGGCAUCAGGACAUGUCUAGAUGCUCUUAAAUUAAAACCCGUGAACAUAGUUAAGAAUAUGGCAUUGACCGGGGAACAUAUGGGAGCCACUCAAGCUAAGACUCCUAGCAGGGAGGAUUAUGGAUCCUGAAGUGACCACUUCCUCCAGCCAGGCAGGACUCCCAGUAGAGGCAUAAAGACAGAAAUCCACCCACAAAACCUUCGACCCAAACUGUGUCCUGCUUACAAGAAGUGCAGGGACAAAGAUAAACAGACCAAGGGAAUGGCCAGUGAAAAACUGCCUAAAAUUGAGACCCAUCCCAUGGACAAGAAUCCCUGACACUAUUAACGAUACUCUGUUAUGAUUACAGACAGAAGCUAGCAUAAUUGUCCUCUGAGUGGCUCCACCCAGCAACUAAGGGAAAGAGAUACAGAAACUCACAGCCAAACAUUAGAUGGAGCUCGGGGAGUCUUAUGGAAGAGUUGGGGAAAGAACUGAAGGACCUGAAGAGGAGAAGGAAGACCAACAGAGUCAACUAACCUGGUCCCUUGGGGGUUCCCAGAGUCUGAAUCACCAACCAAAGAACGAGGACUGACUGGACCUAGGUCCCCUGCACAUAUGUGACAUAUGAGCAGCUUGGUCUUUAUAUGGGUGUCCCAACAAACUGAAGAAGCUGUCCCUGAAUAUGUUGCCUGCCUGUCUGCCUGCCUGCCUGCCUGCCUGCCUGCCUGCCUACCUGUGGAUCCUGUUCCCCUAAAUGGUCUGCCUUGUCUGGCCUCAGUGGAAGAGGAUGAACCUAGUCCUGCAGGGGCUUGAUGUGUGAGGGGUAAUACCCAGAGUGGGGUACCUGCUUCACAAAGGAUAAGGGGAGGGUGGAAUGGGGAGAAGAUCUGCAUGGGGGUACUGGAAGGAAAGGCAGGGUUGAUAUGGGAAUGUAAAGUGAAUAAAUAAAUUUAAUUAAAACACAAAUAUGGCAUUGAAUAAAUAUUAUGUUUAUUGGCGUC